GCAGUUGGGUGGGUGUACAUAGAAUUCCCAUUUUCCGUUUAAUUAAUUUAAACAAAAAUUUAAACAAAAACCAACUGCAAACAGAGGAGAACGGGAAUUACAGUGCAAAUCCAUGGAACCAAAGGAAGCCUGAGAAGUCUUGUUCUGCUGAUUUUCUGCUUAUUUAUAAACUGAAGCAAACAUGGCUUUGGUUGAUGUCACCAAAUCUUGCCUCGAUUCCAUUAGCCAGAUAUCGGAGCACAUUGAAGGUUCUGUUCUUUACUUAGAUGCUGGGUCUACACAGAGUUUCCAAUUCAUGGGAGCAUUUCCUUUGUUACUGAACCAUGGAGUCCGUGCUGUUUGUAGUUUGGAAAACAUGUGUUCUCUUGAUACGGUGGUUGAUUGGAAUGCAAAUUCUGAUCCUGGAAGGAAAGUCGUGGUGAUCACAUCUCGUCUACUAAGUGAUGCACAUCGAUAUAUUUUACGUUGUCUGAGCACACAUCAAGCUGUCCGUUGUUGUACUGUAUUCACGUCUAUUUCAGAGGUAGCUCAUUCAGCAUAUGCUGAUUCACCUCUGGGGACAGAUGCAUUUCAUGAAUAUGAAUCCUUGCUUGUCCAAGAUUAUGAGGAGCUUGUCAGGAAGGGUAAGGAAAAUUCUAGACAGACAGAAGGUAGCAAUUUAAAGGAUGAGAUAAAGUUGGAAGAUGAAGGAUGGUCACGACUUGCGUCCAGUGAAGAGGACCUAUCUCGGCCCGAAGCUAGUUCAAGAGCAAGAGAUUUCAUUGAAGAGAAUCUGAUAGCUGAUACAGAAGAUGUAGGGAAAAAACUGAUUGUUUCUGUGCAUCACUUCCCCAUGAUUUUGUGUCCUUUUUCACCAAGAGUCUUUGUUUUACCUUCAGAGGGAUCAGUUGGUGAAGCAUACUUAUCAGUUGAACAUGAAGAUGCUCUUAGCCCUGGAUUGCCUCCCUUAAGUACUGGAUUGCCUUCUGAUGGUGAUGAUAUUCCUCCUGGGGCAAUUCUUACAGCAAAUUUUCUUUACCAUCUUGCUGCAAAGAUGGACUUGAAAAUGGAAAUAUUUUCACUUGGUGAUCUCUCAAAAACUGUGGGGAAAGUUAUGACAGACAUGUCAAGUCUUUAUGAUGUAGGUCGCCGUAAACGAUCAGCAGGGCUAUUACUCGUUGACCGUACACUUGAUCUUCUUACUCCAUGCUGUCAUGGAGAUUCACUUGUUGAUUGUAUGUUUUCAUCCUUGCCCCGUAGGGAAAAAGCAACAUCCUUUACCCACCUAAAAAGCUCACAGACCCAACUCAAGCAUAGCCCUUCUAACCUGGAACGGGCUUCUCUUGAUGUUCAGAUACCGCUUGCCAAAAUUCUAAGGGAAGAAGAUUACAAUACAGAUCACUUUCGCCUUUUAGAAAACAUUGAAGCUUUUCUAUGUGGGUUGGAUUCUGGAAACUCUGCUUCUCAAGUUUUAGAUUUGAUUAAUCUAAAGAACAAAAUUCAUAAUGAGAAGCCCCUUCAGUUCGAAAAUGAGGUUUUUAGUGGGUCUUUUGUUUCAACUGAAAAUUUUCGGGGAACACCAUACUUGGAGGCUAUACUAGAUAGGAGAACAAAAGAUGGGACCAUUCUUGUGAAGAAGUGGCUUCAAGAAGCUCUUCGCCGCGAAAAAAUAACUGUGAAUGUGAAAUCACGUCCUGGAUUUGCUACAAAAUCAGAGUUGCAACCCAUGGUCAAAGCACUGGCUAAAACCCAGUCAUCUUUACUAAGAAACAAAGGAAUUAUUCAAUUAGCAGCAGCUGCACUGGUUGCCGUUGACGAAUGUAAUUCGGCCAGAUGGGAAGCAUUUAUCAGUGCAGAGAAACUUUUAAAUGUUGUAAGUGCUGGAGAAACAAGCCAGAGUCUUGCUGCUCAAAUUGGUGAUCUUAUCCAUAAGAGUGCUUUGGUGGGAUUGCAUGGACAGAAGAAUGGAAAAUUGGAGGCGUCACAAGGGUUGCUUUCUUUUCAGGAUGCUUUGCUCCUUAUGAUUUCUGGAUAUAUAUUGGCUGGUGAGAAUUUCCCAACAUCUGGUUCUGAGGGCCCUUUCUCUUGGCAAGAGGAGCAAUUGUUGAAGGAUUCUAUUGUUGAAGCAAUUUUGGAAAACCCAUCAAUAGCAAAACUGAAGUUUCUUCAUGGUCUAAUGGAUGAGAUUGAGACCAACUUUAGAAAUAUUAAAUCAGAGGAAAGUAAAGAAACGUCUUCAGAUCAAAUAGACAUUGAUGAUUUUGAUGACGAUGAGUGGGGUAAAUGGGGUGAUGAAGAUGUUGACAAUAAAGAUGACAGUAAAGAGCAAGUGUAUGGUGACAUGCAACUGAAGUUGGAGCUGCGUGACAGGGUCGAUAGCCUGUUCAAAUUCCUUCACAAGCUAUCCAGUUUGAAGAGUCGGAACAUACCAUUGAAGGAUGGGGCAUUCUCUGCUGAAAAUAAUUUCAGUGGAGAUCCAUAUGCAAGUAGAGGACUACUUUAUAAGCUUCUAACAAGGAUUUUGAGCAAGAAUGACGUACCUGGUUUGGAGUAUCACUCUUCUACUGUUGGGCAGCUUUUUAAAAGUGGGUUCAGAAGAUUUGGCCUUGGGCAGGCAAAACCAAGUUUAGCUGACCAAGAUAUCAUCCUGGUUUUUGUUAUUGGAGGAAUCAAUGGUGUCGAGGUUCGUGAAGCUCAAGAGGCAUUAUCUGAAAGCGGAAGACCGGAUAUCGAAUUGAUUCUUGGUGGAACAACUCUCCUAACUCCUGACGACAUGCUUGACUUAUUGCUGGGGAAGUCUAGCUAUUUCUGAUUGUUUAGUCUGAAGAACGAUUGGGAGAGUAAAAUAUGUGAAUCUGAAAGAUUGUUGGGUUAAUAUUUCAUCAGCAAUAUAUA